AUGGCAGACAUUCCAAAAUCUGUAGUACAGAAAUUAAUGAUUUUUACUGCGCUCAUGAUCAUCUUCCCGUUGACUACAUUUUUUACUGUUCAAUUUUUUACAUCCAAUAGUAUAAUAAGCGGCGGGUUGAGUGCAUUUGCAGCAAACGUAGUACUCAUUGGGUUUAUUGUGGUUGCUUUUAAUGAGGACACAUCUCAAUUGGCUCCAUCAGACGAACUGGCUGAAAAAUUUGAGAGCAAAAAACAUUUGUAG